AUGUCAUCCAGUUUCGAUACUCGAAGACGUCCCUCUCGUCUGUUGUACGUGCUUCUUUGUUUUCAUACUUGGUUCGAAGGAAUAUAUAGUCAUACGAUACCCUCACGGAAUGUAGCAGCUUCUUUUCCUCUCACGUCUGGUGACCUCCAACCCAGGGCAACACAAGCUCCGGGUUUCGUGUGGGGCAAAGAACCUAUGAGGGGGGUUAAUAUUGGUGGAUGGUUAGUUCUAGAACCAUGGAUCACCCCAUCAAUAUUCGCACAUAAACCAAGUUGGGUAGUGGACGAAUGGACUUAUGGACAAUACAUGUUGACUCAGAAUAAUACCUAUGGAGAAAUUCAAACACAUUGGAAUACAUGGUUUCAAUUGUCAGAAUUGGAAGAUAUAGCUCGAGUGGGACUAAACACCAUACGUAUACAAAUCGGUUUUUGGUCGGUCAUACCACUACAAAAUGGAGAACCAUACUUGAUCGGAGCAUACGAUUAUUUGAAAAAAGCCGUACAAUGGGCUUCGACGUUGAAUUUAAAAGUUAUGAUUGAUCUACAUGGUGCUCCUGGGUCGCAAAAUGGGUUUGACAAUUCAGGUCUCCGAGGAACUCGUCAAUGGUUUGCAAACACCACCAACCUGGACCGUACUCUCACCGCACUCCAAGUUCUUACCCACGAAUUCACACAAGAAAAGUACAACAACACUGUCCUCGCUAUCGAAUUGAUCAACGAACCUUUCCCUUAUACCAAUGACGAAGUCCAGUUCUUACAAUCGUUUUAUACACAAGCUUAUCAAGCUGUCAGAACUGCCCAACAGGCCAAUACGGUGGUUGUAGCUCUGGAUGACGGGUAUCAGGGUUUGUACGCUUGGACAGGAUUUAUGGUGGAACCUGAUUAUCAUGAUGUGGCUAUGGAUACGGUGGCUAUGAACUAUUACGAUAAUCUCAAUUGGACUUGUUCACAACAACAAUACCUCAUGGAUUCGAAUGACGAUCAUUGGACGAUAGUAGGAGAAUUUACUCGGGCAAGGUAUGAUAACACUUUGAAUGGGAGUAUGCCAUUGACAUUUCCCGGGGACUGUUCAACCAAAACAGGUUCCGACCCAAGUAAAUGGGAUAACGAUUAUGUAGAUCAUUUAGCACGUUCAUUCGAAGCUCAAACAUGGGUGUAUGAAAAAGCAGUGAGUCAAAUUUGGGUAGCAUGGACCUGGAAAACUGAACAAGCAGCAGAUUGGUCAAUGCAAACUGGAAUUACAUAUGGU